GCGCAGGCGCAGUACUAUGAAAACAGUGUAGUCUUCUGUUCUCGGACCCUCGGCCGGUCUGUGUGUCUGUUGUUUUAGUUCCUGUUUUUAAAGAUCAUGGGAGAGGCCGAGCUGACCCUCAACCAGACCGAAGAGAAGCCCCCAGACUCUGGCUUCGUCCCCGGAGAAGACUCGGUGGUCUGGAGCCACGAGGUGGAGGUGUGUCUGUUCCACGCAAUGAUCGGACACAAACCCGUGGGUAAGAAACAUGAGGGUCAGUGUGUGUUAGUGUGUUUGUGUGGACACAAACCCAUGGGAAAGAAACACGAGGACGUAUGUGUAAGUGUGUCAGUGUGUUAGUGUGGACACAACCCGUGAGUAAGUAACAUGAGGGUCAGUGUGUGUUGGUGUGGAUACAAAGCUGUGGGUAAUAAACACAAGGGUCAGUAUGUGUAAGUGUGUGUUAGUGUACCCCUUACCCGCGGGUAAGAACACACGAGGGUCAGUGUGUGUUAGUGUGGACACAAACCUGUGGGUAAUAAACACGGGGGUCAGGAUGUGUUUGUGUGGACACAAACCCGUGGGUAAGAAAACACGAGGGUCAGUGUGUGUUAGUGUGAUAGCAUAAACACAAACUCGUGGGUAAGAAAACUCGAGGGUCAUUGUGUGUUAGUGUGUUAGCGUUGUUGUGUGUUAUUAACUUCGUGUCGUUGUGUGUUGUGUGUCGUCAGGUGUGAACCGUCACUUCCACAUGAUCUGCAUCAGAGAUAAAUUCAGUCAGAAUAUCGGCCGACAGGUUUCCUCCUCCGUCAUCUGGGAUCACCUGGGAACCAUGUAUGACAUGCAGGCUCUGGUGAGAACACACACACACACACACUCACUCACACACGUACAGAUGUGCACACACACGGACGAGCACACACACACACACACACACACACACACACACACACACACACACACACACACACACACACACACACACACACACACUCACUAACUAACAGCAGCCUCUCUCUCUCUGUUUUUGUUUCAGCAUGAAUCCGAGAUUUUACCGUUUCCAAACUCAGAGAAGAGUUUCUCUUUACCUGAUGACAUCAUCCAGGAAGUUAAGGAAGGUGAAGAGGACACACAUACAUAAACCUCUGUUUUUAUGAAGACAACAUCUGUGUGUGUGUGUGUGUGUGUGAGGAAUGUAGAUUUAUUUAAGUAAGGAUCAUCUACGUCCGUGAGUGAGAAGUCUGGAUUUAUCUACAUUACAAACAUCUACGUCCGUGUGUGAGGAAUCAAGAUUUAUCUAUAUUACAAACAUCUCUGUCUGUGUGUGAGGAAUCUAGAUUUAUCUACAUUUCAAACAUUUAUGUCUGCGUGUGAGAAAUCUAGAUUCAUGUAUGUUAGGAUCAUUUACGUCUGUGUGCGAGGAAUCUAGACUUAUCUUUGUGAGGAUCAUCUAUGUCCGUAUGUGAGGAAUCUAGAUUUGUAUACAUUACAGACAUCUACAUCUGUGUGUGAGAAAUCUAGAUUUAUCUACAUUACAGACCUCUUCAUCUGUGUGUGAGGAAUCUAUAUUAAUUGACAUUACAUACAUUUACAUCUGUGUGUGAGGAAUCAUGAUUUAUCUUUAUUGCAAACAUCUCUGUCUUUGUGUUAGGAAUCUAGAUUUAUCUACAUUUCAAACAUUUAUGUCUGCCUGUGAGGAAUCUAGAUUCAUGUAUGUUAGGAUCAUCUAUGUCCGUAUGUGAGGAAUCUAGAUUUGUAUACAUUACAAACAUCUACAUCUGUGUUUGAGGAAUCUAGAUUUAUCUUCAUUACAAACAUAUCUGUCAAUAUGUGAGUAAUCUGGAUUUAUCCAUUUUACACACAUCUACAGCUGCGCGUGAGGAAUCUAGAUUUAUCUACAUUACAGACCUCUACAUCCAUGCGUGAGGGAUCUAGUUAUAUCAAUAUUACGCACAUGUAUGUCCUCUGUGAGGAAUCAAGAUAUAUCUACAUAACAUUCAUCUCCAACACAUGUGAGGAAUCUAGAUUUAUCUACAUAACACAUAUCUAUGUCCAUGUGUGAGGAAUCUGUUAUAAUUGACAUUACACACAUCCACGUCUGUGUGUGAGGAAUCUAGAUUUAUCUUUGUUAGGAUUAUCUAUGUCCCUGUGUGAGGAAUCUAGAUUUGUAUACAUUACAAACAUCUGCGUCUGUGUGUGAGAAAUCUAGUUUUAUCUUAGCUAGAAUAAUCUAUGUCCGUGUGUAUGGAAUCCAUAUUUAUAUACAUUACAAUUAUCUACGUCUAUAUGUGAGGAAUAUAGAUUUAUCUAUAUUAGACACAUCUACGUCCAUGUGUGAGGAAUCUAGAUAUAUAUAUUACAAAUAUCUACGACUGUGAGUGUAAGGAAUCUCCAUUAAAAAGAUCUAUGUCUGCGUCUGGUGAAUCUAGAUUUAUCUACAUUUCAAACAUUUAUGUCUGCGUGUGAGAAAUCUAGAUUCAUGUAUGUUAGGACUCAUCUAUGUCUGUGUGUGAGGAAUCUAGAUUUAUUGACCUUACACACAUCUAUGUCUGUGUAUAAGGAAUCUAGAUUUAUCUAUAUUAGAAACAUCCACAGGCCAAAAGUUUGGACACACCUUCUCAUUCAAUGUCUUUUCUUUAUUUUUUUAUAUGACUGUUUACAUUGUAGAUUAUCACUGAAGACAUCAAAACUAUGAAUGAACACAUGUAGAAUUUUGUACUUAUAAAAAAAGUGUGAAAUAACCGAAAACAUGUUUUAUAUUCUAGUUUCUUUAAAAUAGCCACCCUUUGCUCUCGAUGACAGAAGUACCUUGUCAGGGUUACUUCAGGCACUCCUGUGAAGUAAAAACCAUUUCAGGUGACUACCUCAUGAAGCUCACUGAGAGAACAGCAAAAGUUUGCAGCGCUAUCAAAAAAGCAAAGGGUGGCUACUUUGAGAAAUCUAAAAUAUAAAACAUGUUUUCAGUUAUUUCACACUUUUUUCUUAAGCACAUGAUUCCACAUGUGUUCAUUCAUAGUUUUGAGAAUCUACAAUUUAAAUAGUAAUGAAAACAAAGAAAAUGCAUUGAAUGAGAAGGUGUGUCCAAACUUUUGGCCUGUACUGUAUGUCAGCGUCUGAGGAAUCUAGAUUUUUCUACUUUACAAAAAACCAAUUCUGCACGUGAGGAAUCUAGAUAUAUCUUUGUUAGGAUCAUCUAUGUCCGUGUGUAUGGAAUCUAUAUUUAUAUGAAAUACAAACAUCUACGUCUGUGUGUGAGGAAUCUUAAUUUAUCUAUAUUAGACACAUCCACAUCAGUGCCAAGGAAUCUAGAUUUAUCUAUAUUAGACAUAUCCACAUUUGCAUGUGAGGAAUCAAGAUUUAUUGACAUUACAGACAUUAAAGUCCAUAGUUGAGCAAUCUAGCUUUACGUUACACACAUUUGGGCCAAGUGUGAGGAAUCUAUAUUAAUUGACAUUACUCACAUUUACAUCUGUGUGUGAGGAAUUUAGAUGUAUCUACAUUACAAACAUCUACAGACCUGUGUGAGGAAUCUAGAUUUAUCUACAUUACAAUUAUCUAUGCAGGCAUGAAAAUCUCUCACCUUUCAUGAUCUACAUGAAUCAUGUAGAUCCGGACGUCUCGCGUUUAAUGCUCUGCAGGGCUCUCAAGUCUCACGCAUUCAGCGUGUGACACACGCAUUCCCACCCGUUCACACGCCACACAUUGUAUUUCUCACGCAUUUAUAUGAACAUGGUGAUGUCCACAAAGUUGCACCUCUGUAACAAUGGAACAGGUAGAAAUCAACUGAGUUCCUCCGAGAGUUCAGAAGCUGCGUGCCAUGCGCAAGCCAAUCAAAUAAAGUAUAUCUACUGAACAGCCAAUGAAAAAGCAGCAUUGCUGUAUCCGGGUAGAUUUUGAUAUCUUGCGGUUUGACAACAGAAGAAGACAGGCACUCGCCGAAAUAGAGCAGGUUUUUAUAAGGACGAGAUAGACCCGACGAUUACAGUAAGUCAGUAACCUACACAUGCAGAGACCUCAACACCUCAUGGCAUAUAAACUCAUAUGAUAAACUAAAGCCCUAUGCUAUUGCUAUUAACAGCUGUAUUGAUGAAUUUAGCUUCUGUACAGCCAUUUCCAGCCAUUUUCCCCUCCACAAAAGCAGCAUUUCUCAUAUAUUCUUUUAAAGGUUCUGACAGUGUAACGCUCAUGUAUCAAAGGAUUAAGUAUCUCCAUGUUUGUGAAACCUAUACUAAAGUACAAUUCAUCUAAAUGCUCCUCAGUGCUGAUUUUAGCAACUCUCCUCCACAACUGGUAACUUUACGACUUUAAUCUUAUAUAUUAUUGAUUAUUUAUUCUCCUAAAUAAUAACUUUAUUCUCUAAGAUUUAAGAAAGUUUUUUUUUCUUAACGUGGCCCUCAUACUCCGUUGUAUUUAAGAGAUUAUUACACUAAUAAUUAUCUUCAAUCACUCUUUACCCCCCACCUUUUCAACCCCUGACCCAUUUUCAUGCCUGCCUAUGUCUGUGUGUGAGAAAUCUAGAUUUAUCUACAUUACAAACAUCUACGUGAGUGUGUGAGGAAUCUAGAUUUAUCUAAGAGUUUCACUUUUUGAUGAUGUUAAUUUAUUGAGAUGUGCCUGUUUCUGUCUGUGUGUGUUUGUGUUUGUUUGUGUGUGUGUGUGUGUGUGUGUGUGUGCGCGUGUGUGUGUGUGUGUGUGUGUGUGUGUGUGUGUAGCUAAGCUCUGCUCUGAGGACGACAGUAAAGACGAGUUCAGGAUGGAGAGAGAACCUCCAGCAACACAUGAAGAAGGUAUCUUCAGGUUUCUUUCUUCUCCUCGAACCUCCAGACUGAGUCCUCUUCGUCUUCUUUAUCUUCUUCUUCUUGUUCCUUUUCUUGAGGAAGUUAUUUCACUCGUCCUCGUCUCUCCUCUCAGUAGAUCUUCUUUCCUUCUUUAAGGUUUAGUUCCCUGAAUUUUCUGUUCCUCAGUUUCCCCUUCUGCAGGAUUUUUUAAAGGUUCAGUCUGGAAAUUCAGAAUCCACCAUGUUUUCAAACGAACAGGUGUGUUUUCUCUCUGAUCAGGCAGUAACUCCUCACUGAAGAUGUCAGAGCGAGCGAGCAGCAGCCGAGAGAAGGAGAGAGAUCGGGAGAAGGAGAGAGGAGCGAGUGAAGGCGUAGCAGGCGGAGGAGGAGGAGGAGGAGGAGGGAAGGAAGCAGAGAAGAGAAAGAGGAGCAGAGCCGCCGAGAAACUGAUGACCUCCUCAAACCCGGCGAGUCCAGGAGGAGCCAAGAGGAGACGCACCUGAGAGAGGGGAGGGGGUUGGGGGGAAAAGAGGAAGGGUAAGAGACAGAGAGGGUAAGAGUAGGGAAGGGAAAAAGAAGAAACAUUUUCAAACUUUUGAUCACAUGACUGUGAGGUCACUCCAGGUCACUGAGCAGCCUGAAUAGGGGGCGGAGCUUCAGCUGCUGCACUUGAUCAUGUGACCACGGGGGGGGCAGACUCACCUGAUCACGUCGCUGUAGUGACCGUCAGGACAGAUUAUCUUUUUUUUUUAACCUCAUUUUUUUGUUUUUCUGGACUGACCUCUUUGUCGACCCUGGACCUCCGUGAACUUUCAGAUCCACUUCGACCUCAGAAAGACCAGGUCCUGGUUUUCCAAGUCAAAGUGGAUUUGAUAAACCUGAUCCAGACAGAUGUUUAAGGCUAAAAUCAGAGCUCUGUGUGUGGCGACAGGCCACAUUACCGCUGCGUUUUUCCAGUUUCCUCGGAAGUCGGAGCUGAAAAUGACGUCAAACCCGAAUAAGAGAGACCAAUAAAUAGUACGUUAGAAAAGUUACUAAGUCGGAAAAAAGCAAAAUCGGAGGUGGAAACAAGAUGGCUACAUCUAUGAAAGUUAUUUUAGCGCUUACCUAAUAUUCAGACAAGGAAAGUGCUAAAAUAUUUUUCGUAGAUGGUUACUGAAACACUGGGAACUCGGGUGUGACGCCAUUUUCAUCUCCAACAUCUGACUUCCAAGGAAAACCACUGAGUGUCCGUAAAACCGCUUUCAUAUCUGCAGAUCUACGAACCCGAGCUGAAAACUGCAGAUAUACCUGAAACCUCAAAACUGUGAAGCAGACUGGAAAAAAAAACGGGUCAAAUUCAGGACAUGUGAAAACACGGACUCCGGCAGAAAUUUGAUCUGCUGACAACCACAGGGGUGCGCUGUCUCUGUGAAUUUAAUAAUGGUGCGUUCGAGUUACCUUGGAAGUUGAGCUGAAAAUGACGUCACACCCGAUUUCCCGGCGUUUCAGUUACCAAGUCAGAAUAAAAAGAAACAAGAUUGCUACGUCUACUAAAGUUAUUUUAGUGUUUGCCUCAUAUUCAGACAAGGAAAGCGCUAAAACAAAUUUCUUGGAUGUAGCCAUCUUGUUUUCGCCUCCGAUUUUGCUUUUUUCCGACUUGGUAACUGAAACACUGAGAACUCUGGUGUGACGUCAUUUUCGGCUCCGUCAACUGACUUCCGAAGUAACUUGAACGCAGCAUUAGGGACAUAGAAGUGCAGUUUUCUCAGUCCAGGGUGGUCCUGCUCUUCGUGGUUUUCUGCUUCUUUUUUGUCUGUUAAAUCUUAAAUUUUUUUGUCUGGAUCAGAGAGGCUCAGGGUUCAUGAAGACGUUUAAAUCUCUGAUCUCUCUGAGAGAAAAGCCGAAAAACCAGAUCAGUGUUUCGUUGUUAUUUGUGUCUGUAAGUGAAGAGUUCAUAUUUCAUAGAGUCCAGAGUCAGAACUGCAGCUCACUGAAGUUUUUAAGGUUUUAAUUCAACGGCAAUAAGUCUGAGCUUUUCCUUUUUUUCCAUCUCAGACAGAUCAAAAUAUCUUUGAUUUCCUGGAAACUUCUGAGUCACGAGCUGCAGCGUGUGUCAGGACUUCAUAAUUUCAAUAAAAAAACAAAAACUGUUUUCUUAAUUUUCAUGUUUUAUUUAUUUUUGUGUCAUUAAAGAUGAACUUUGAUCACGUCUCCUCGUUUUCUUUGACCAAAUUAUUUUGGAAUUUUACUCCGGACAGAAAUCUGCUGAUGAGUUUUUAUUGUUUAAAAAAAAUAUUUCAUGUCAAAUUUAAGUGAAAAUAGAAUAAGAGAGACAGAAAAAGGAGAAAAUCUACGAGUGUCUGAAAGUUUCUGUUUUUAUUAUCAGGAUGUUUCAACUGUAAAAAAGAUUUCUGUCAAACAGUCGUUUUAUCACUGGUUUUAAAUCACUCAUGAUAAAACCUGUUUCAUUUUUAUUUGAAGCACAAAAAGAAAAUGUCACUUUUUUUUCAGUGUUUCAUGCGAGAUUAGGUUUAUCAGGUUUAGGUUUAAGGACAAUAACGUCCUCUUUUGGUCUCUGACUCUGUUUAGUGUUAAGGUUUGUUGCUGUAGAGACUAACGUGAAUUUUUACUGGAGUUGUGACCGAUUAAAACACAGAUGUACUUCAGCUCAGAGUGUCGCGUGUUUCUUACUUAAUCACAAGACAAAGUAUUUACAAAAAGUGUAAAAAUGGUCAAAACACGAUUCACAAAAUGUACAAGGCAAAAUAAAAAAAGAGUUCUGCAGAAAAACAAAAAGACCAAAAAAACAGAAACACAGCAGCAGAACUAGAGUCAGUCUGACCUUCAGGCAGACUUUAUUCACAUUUAAACCAUUUUAACACUUUUAAAUUUUCUGACAUUUUACUAUUAGUUUUACCUUUUUUAAUCAGGAUUUUAUCAGGAUCAAUAGAGCAGGAAUUUUUAGGGAUUCAGAACAAACCAAAAGAGAUUAAUUUUUCUUGCAUCAUCUGACCACUUUGACCCUCCAUACCCCCCCAUCCGGCAUGAUGGCUCGAAUGGACACACCUUUGGCAGGUAAGUGGAGGGAUGAAUGAGUGAAUGUUUGAGUUAAAGGUGGGUUAGACAGGAAUUAAUUAAAGAAGCAUCUUUUUAUUUUGUGGUGUAUAAUUUAAAAAGUUUUUAAUAUCAGUCAAUAGUUAUUAGUUAUUGAUGGUGGUCAAGUUGUGAAAAAAAUCAGAGGCGAUGGUGGAUUUUAUUGUUUGGGACAUAUUUUUUUCCAAUGGUGGGAAACCAACUUUGAACCCAUUUUAUUGUUACUAAAGCACAAAGAUAAUUAUUAUAUUGUAUAAUCCCUCAGAUUAAACUGUCCAUGUCUCUUGGCCAUGACACUAAAAUAACAACAGCAUCACCAGCACUGCUCACUCAUAUCAUCUUUUUUUUUAAAAAGGGAAAAAAAUUGUCAUUUUCACACGCUGCCUCACCCUGAGUAUUUUACUGAAUAUGCACAAAGCCCCCUGUCGCAGGGUUCUCACUCAAACAAUCAAAAUAUUGUAGAAAAACAGGGGUAGUAAAAAAACACGGUGAUGGUGAAAGGAUUUAUUUACAGUGGGUCUUCCAAGGUGCAGUACAAAAAUAUUUACAAAAGUGCAAAAAACAUUUUCAAAUACUAUUUACAAAAUGUACAAGGCAAAAAGAAAAUAUACAGUAUUUCCACUAUAACUCAAGAGAAAAAAAAACAGAAACACAGCAGCAGCAAUAAAAAAAGUCAUUUUGUCAGUUAUCAUCCAUACAACAAACUCCAGACUCAAACAAAGACUCAGGCAGUCUUCUUUUAAACCCCUCUAGCCCCUCCCAGUGGGCGUUAUUAAUUAUAUAAGUUUAGAGGGGGAAAAAAACUCAUUUAUUCACCUUUAAACUAUUUUUACCAUUUUUAACCCUCAGAACUUUUCUGUAAGUUUUUACACAAAUCAGUGAAGCAUUAAUUUUUAGAGAUUCAUGGCAAACAACAAGGGAAUUCAUUUUUCUUGCACCAUGUGACCACUUUGACCCUCCAUGCAUACCUAUUUUACACCCGGAAAUGACGCGCUCUAUUUCCUCAUUUGAAAACAUGUUUCGGUAUGAUGGUGGGAAUGGGCACACCUUCGGCAGGCAAGUGAAGGGAUGAAUAUCUGUGUGAAUGAGUGUUUCAGUUAACUGAUAGAUCUCCAGGUGUGUAACCUUAGCUACACACUGGGGCGGCAGUAGCUCAGGAGGUAGAGCGGUCGUCCAAUAACUGGAAGGUUGGCGGUUCAAUUCCCCCAUAUCCCAAG